AUGUUCCCAGCUGUAUCCCUGUUGACGACUCUCCUCCUGGCCUUGUCUAUCGCUGCAUCGCCUGUUGAAAUUCGCGACUCCCCCAUCACCCUCCCAACUGCCAGGAGGCUAAACACCUCUGGUGGUACCAUAAAUCUCUUGCAGCAUGACCAAUCUCGCGCGACCGCCCUCAAAACUAUCACUAUCGGCAGAGACACUCUUGACCGUCGUACUGGUAGCAUUCCUGUGACAAACAAUGCUGUAGACUACAUCGCAUCAGUUGGCAUUGGCAACCCUGCCACAACCUAUAACCUGAUUGUCGACAACGGUUGCUCGGUCACAUGGGUUGGCGCCACCACUUACGUGAAGACCAGCACCAGCGUCGACACUGGCAAUACUAUAGCGGUCCCCAGUGGUUCUGUUCCCUUCUCUGGAACUGAGUACACCGACACCGUCACGCUCGGUAGUGGGCUCACCAUCAUCCAGCAGCCAAUUGGUGUUGCUUCUACUUCGACCGGCCUCACCGGUGUUGACGGUGUCCUUUGCAUCGGGCCCCUAGACUUGACAGAGGGAACCCUGACAGAUGAACCAGACACGACGAUCCCAACUGUCACUGACAACCUGUAUAGCCAAGGCAUCAUUUCUCAGAUAGUUGUUAGUAUCUCUUUCGAGCCCACCAGUUCGGAGUCAGACACCAACGGAGAGCUCACCUUCGGUGGAACUGACGCUGCCAAGUACACCGGCGCCAUUGCAUACGCUCCUCUAACCACCACCUACCCUUCAUCCUACUACUGGGGUAUCAACGAGAGCAUCGCUUACGGCACCACGACCAUCUUGUCUGAGACGGCUGGUAUCAUUGAUACUGCCACUACUCUCAUCCUCAUUGCCACCAAUGCCUACAGCUUGUACCAGUCUGCAACCGGUGCUACUUUGGACGACACGACUGGUCUUCUCCGCAUUGACUCCACCCAGUACAGUGCCCUCGAGAACCUGAACUUUAAUAUUGGCAGCAGCACGUACGUUCUCACCCCUAACGGCCAGAUCUGGCCUCGUACCCUUAACACCUAUAUAGGUGGUAGCACCAGCUACAUCUACCUCAUCGUCAACUCCAUUGGCACCCCCAGUGGUGAAGGUCUCGAUUUUAUCAACGGCUACACUUUCAUUGAGCGCUUCUACACCGUGCUUGAUACCACCAACUCCCAAGUCGGUUUUGCUACAACCGCAUACACGAAUGCCACCACUAACUAA